AGGCACCCCUGCUCAGAUCAACCCUGCUAUGUUCUUACAUAUGUAUCGACGUGCAGUGAACUCAUUCAUUGCUGACCGAAUUUAGCGUGAAGGGAGCGCUGGCCGUCUUUCUCCAAUCCGCCGAAACCUUCUGUGCUGCCUUAUCCCCUGAAGAGCAACAACUCUUCCGAACCUACAAAGAUGGACUCUCUAUGCUCGAGAGCCUCCAGAAGCGGUGCAGAGACCAUCUUAUUAAUCAAGCCGCUCUCGCGAGGUGUUGUGUUAGAGUUGACAAGAUUCGGGUUCGCAUGGAGCCAUUUUUUGAGAUCAUUGGGAUCUUCGCACAGAGUCAUGCCGAUAUUGCGUGUAUUGUCUGGGGGUCUUUGAGGCUUCUUUUCCAGUUGGGAGAGAAUUAUGUUACUUUCUUGGAAAAGAUUUGCACGAUGCUAGACGACAUGACCGAUGUGCUCCCAGCUUACGAGGAGUAUGUAGGCCAGAUUCAAUCAAAGUAUUCAAAAGAAGGAGUUGACUUUGCUCCUCGUCUGCUGAAAGCUCUCGCCUUUGUGUAUAGCGACAUUCUAGACUUUUGCCUUGGAGCAGUGCGGAUAUUGUCGCCAGCGAAAGGUACGCGUUCGAAAGCAAAGCUAGUCUGGGGUCUUUGCUGGAGACCAUUCGAUGUUCGCUUUCGCGCUAUUCUCGAACGUUUCAACAAGCACACUCAAGCCCUUGACCGUGAAAUGGGUUCGACAUCUUUCAAUGUUAUGAGACAACACUGUGAGAGGAUUGAAUAUGAUAUGCGUAAGGCUAGGGAGGAGCGUGCUUGGCAGGAUGAGCGUCAGAUGAAGCGCGAGCGUGUGCAUGACCUCAGAGAAUGGAUUGGAGCUGGCGAUUGGGAGAGCUUUUACGAAGAAUUGGCCGACCGGCGUGUUACUGGGUCUUGUGGGUGGCUUCGCUAUGAUCCCAUUUACGUGAGCUGGAAAAAGGCCAUGUAUCCAAAGAAUGCGUCACAACUCCACUCUGGCAUUAACCAAGACAUUCUUUUGGUUGACGCAAAACCUGGAUAUGGCAAGACAUUCCUUUGCGCCAGUCUAAUUGAAGAGUAUCGCCGAAAACGAGAUCUAUCGAUCAAUUCAACAGAACCAACGGCUGCAUUCUUCUUGUUCAAUCGGUUAGAACAAGAUGCCAAGAAACUACAACCUGAUACCGCGUUUCGAGCAAUCUUAACUCAAUUGCUCCAUGCCCAUGAGCUUGAAGAUGAGGUCAUUGAUGCUCUCUCGUUAAUCAAACAUCACAACGGACGCGGCCAACUUGAAGCGUCUUUUGAUGAGGUUCUUCUACUUCUUCACUGGCUCUUAGAUCGUUAUCCCAACACAAUUCUCUUGUUCGAUGGUGUCGACGAAUGCUGGGACGAGCCCGCUUUUUUUCGAAGCCUGCGAAAGAUUAUUGGUGCCGACUCUCAGCCUACCACUACGAGUUCAACCCCGCCGAGAAAUGCACGACCAGGUGUCAUUCUUUUCGCUCGACCAACGUUAUCCCUCCCUGCAUGGGUAGCAAAGCGACACUGUUCCAUCCACCUCAAUUCCGCCCAGAACUUCGUCGAUAUUCAGUCAUAUCUACACGAAAAGAUUGCCGAACUAGGGGAAUAUGGUCUGCUCGGAGAUGCUCACGAAAUAUCAGCAAUCUUGGAAAACGCAUGCCAGUUUGCGAAUGGGAUGUUCCUUUGGGCGCGCCUUCUCAUUGAGUACCUCAGCGCUGACGGGCUCUCUGUAAACGACAGGCGCGAGGCGUUAAACAACUUGGUCCGCUUUGAGGGCCUGGACCAAUUGUAUUCCUUAAUUCUACAGAAUUUAGCAAAGAAGCUUCCACCCAAAUCAAGAGUCAACCUAAAAGCAGCUUUCCAAUGGAUUGGAGGCGCGCUCAGGCCCCUUCACGUCGACGAGUUGCCUCACGCCAUUGUAUCAACGGCUGAAGGUACCUGGAACGAGCGCGACGUCAUCCCAAAUCUGAAGCAAUCGUUAACUCGAAUGUCUGGAGCACUGCUGGAGCUCGCCCCGGAUCUCACCGUUCGGUUCACGCAUACAUCAGUGCUCGAGUUUCUAUGUGGCGAUCAUCUCGACCAAGACGCUCGCGGAGAAGAACGACAGUUCCGGAUGUGUGCACCCAGCGUCCAGCAGCUUGUUGCACUGUCCUGUCUGCGCUAUAUUAGUCGUACAGUUCCCCCUAUGCCACUGAGUGGAUCUUCCCAGAUCACCCCCGAAAGGGACGUCCAAAGCAAGCGGUUUCCUCUCGCCGACUACAGCCUUAAACACUGGGUAAAACACGUUGAUUUAGCAAUUUCAAGGCCACCCCCUAACAAGUUCGCAUUUCUAUCAUUCGUGGAGGGGCUGCUGCAAGCCAUGCAAGGGUUUUUGAACUCAAAGAAACAAGUCAUGGUUUGGAUAGAGUUGAGCUGGCUCUUUGGGUAUCCUGCAGCCCUGGGAAAUAUACCCCAGUUGUUUGCAAAGGCUCUAACGGUGAGGCAUGGCAUGGUUGAAGGGUAUGAAAAGCUCCCUAGGCAGCUCGAGUGUCUCAGCGAGGAUCUUAAAAUUUUAGAGAUCAGAUGGGGUACGGUACUCUCGCAGACACCGAACGAAAUCUGGGAGCCAAGUAUCCCUGCAUUCACACAAUCCGACUACUAUAUGAUAACGAAGGAGGUUAGCCUCACGAGGAUGGAAACAGUCGUCAAUCAUGCUGAGAAGUCAGUCAUGAUUCAGUCCCAAGUUUCAGCCAGUGGAAAGGAGAUUAGCGUUGUCAGGCUGAGUAUACCAAAGAACUUACUCGAGAAUUCCGUUGCCAUGCAUCCAGAUGAGUGGAUGCAGCGCCAUACCUCAGGUUGGAAAGCGAUCUUCGAAGUGUGGAAUCUUUCUACCAAGUUACUAGAAUUCCGGUUCUUUGUUCCCAUUCCGGCCGCGCAUGCAAGACAGAUUCUUAGCCAGCAGGCCAACUUUUGCAACGACAUUCUAUACAAACUCUCGAAACCUCUGGCUUUAGAUAGGCUAGACUUCGAGUUUCCAGUUUCGAUCUCUCUGGACUUGCGAGUAGCAUUGAUUCUUGGUUGUUACAUCAAGAUUGAGCUCCGCUACGAAGACACCAGUGCUUCCCAUCCGCACCGCUACACCAUGUACUAUAUCGAGCUCAAUCCUUGGGGAGACUUGACGCAACCAGAUCCUCGCGUAACUUCACCGUUGAUCCCCGCUUCAUUCGCCGCCUGCCUCAGCCCGUCCGGCCAAGAAAUGCUAGUCGUUCGUCCUUCGAAUGGUAAUGGCAAUGCGGGAGCGUUGACCAUGGGGUUGCGCUACUGGGAUCUACUGUUAUACUACAAGCUUGAAUGCCACGGUACCCAGCAUCUCUCCAAGUCCGCAUCAAAAUUGAGGGUUGACCGAUUCGAUCUCUACGUAGACUAUCAGCAGACUCAAGAUUUGGGGCAGCAUUUUUUGUUUCAUCCUUUUCUGCCUAUUCUGGUCUUCUGUCUAGGUAAAAAGACGAUUGGGUGGAGCUACUCAGAACCGGGAGCCCGAGUCGUAGAGAUCUGCGCACAUCCACUCCGAAAGCUUUCUAUAUCAGGAUGCGGACAAUAUCUACAGGGCUUCACAGUCAGCCGGCAUGGCGACAAGAUGGUUGUGCUUGACAUCUCCAGCAUCUUGUGUCGCGUACUCAACCUCGUGCCCAUUCGCAUGCUGGAACAAAGCAUUGUCGAUCUUUCUCUCGCGGGCCGGAACGAUAACAGGCUCACCCGAAUUCCCAAUUCCACAAUAUCUACCGCAAUCACGCUGCAGGACCUUGUUCGAAACAGAGCCGCGCCAGCCACCAUGACAACUAAUACCGUUCAAUUCAUCACCAACGAAAACGGCGUGACGGAGAUGUCAAUGCUGCGUCAAUUCGAGCAAGAAGGCGCCGUAGUUCUCCACACACUCUCUGAAGACGGCGUUGCUACUUCUAAGACGAUUACCAGGUUGCCGGAGGAUCUGGUGUCGAGAUCGGAACCCGUACUGGUGAAAGCGAAGGAAGGUGAAGAGAAGAAUAGUGAGACAGUGAUGUUAGUGCUGAAUCAGAAGCCGAAGCCAACGUAUUCGUUUAGGGAGGAAGAGGGGGGAGAGGUUCUGCCGAUUGUGUUGGAGAGGACGACGGCGAGUAUUCCGGUGACGGCUGUUAAUUUGGGGAGGACACUGAAUUGAGAGAGUCGGAAGGGGUGUAUGUAGAGUUUGUUAAAUUAGAGAUACCCUAGAUGUUUCGAUAUGCCGCUAUUGUGAAUAGCGUAGCGCAUGGCAGGCGCGCUUUAGGAUCAAAAUUUGCAUUCCAUUGACGUUCUCCCUUGAAUCCAGAAAUAGGUUUAACAGAUGAACUUCACCCUGGUCGGGCUCCGUGUUGUAUGAGAACAGACUGCAGAGCGGCUGUUCAGAGGAUGCUGAAUUCUGUCCUAGACCAAUACCUUACCAUGUUUCGGUAAGAUUCCGGCAUACAAGAUGAAUGAUCCGACAGUGAAAAGUUCUCCUGAGUAGGAGAUAAGAGGAGUGUGACCUAGACAAGGGAUACGUAGGGAAAAAAGACGGAUAGCAUAA